GGAAAUGUGCGUUUGCAUUUAGAGUUCUUUGUACGUCAUGUGAUUAUUUUUCCCCCCUGUGUGGCAUAAAGUACUUUGUGCAAAAUAAUAUUUAAAGUGUGAUGCGAGUGUUGUGACGCAGCAAAUUAUAGUUAACAAAACGAGGGCUUCGUAUACAGCCUUGGCUGGUUUUGAGCGGGAGCGACAAGUGUCAGAAGUCGCUGCCUUUCAUGUCUACUGGUCAGCGGAAUGGGGCGGCAUGGAUUACCCGAGAGCGAUGAAGUGUCGUCCAGCAGUGGCCUCUAUUAAGGAAAAAGCGAAGACAAACGGAGUCCGCUGAAAGCAGGGUGCACUGCUGUCAUGGAUUCAGUCAGACUUGUGGUUCGCCAGUGUAUCAACACGCUGUCUUCUUCCAAGGACUCCGAACAAGCUGUGCAGGCGUUGCAGACGGUGAAGAAGUACUUGGACAAAGAAAGCAAUGAGCUUCCCCCCAGUGAUAAGGACAUAUUUGCCAAGUUUCACUAUACCAGGCUCCUGCAGGCCCUUAUCAGAAGUCUUCAUGCAGAUUGGGUGCAGACAUUGACUCCCAGGCAGCACCGGGAACUUUGGGAUGGAUUGUUUCUGAGUGGCCCACCUGACCAGGCAUUUCUGGUCAUGCUAGAUUCAGUGACCUCUAUCAGCCCUAGCACCAGCUUGGACCGGCUGCUGGAUGUCUUGGAUUCUUUCAUGCAGAGUGGCCGUAUCGGGGACCUGCUCUGGUCAGCCUGUCAACGGUCCACUCCUACCAGUUCCCUCCAGAUGCAGGACACUUUGCUGAGUCGUCUGGUGGCCUUGCCCGACUUGCUUGCUAAUCAUCUGCAGCACCAUACCCGUCCAAACUUCUAUCCACAACGUUACUAUCCUCUGCUGGCCAGGGAGCUUUUUGCUGCUCUAGAGAAGACAUGUGAGGCACUAAGAGGUCAGACUGACUGCUCUGUGUCCUUCUUGGCUCAGCUGCUUGGAAAAGUCUGCACACAGGGACAUAGCGAAGAAAUCUUCAGAGUGCUGGCGCCCAGUCUCCUGACCUCCACCCAGUCAGACUUUGUGUGGCAGAGGGUGUGCUGGCGAUUGAUGGAGAGCGUGCCAGACCGUUGGAUGGAAGCUGUCAUUUCUGGGCUGGUUUUAGCAGUAGAUGAGCCCACUGCUCUCUCCAGGCUGAUGGGGAAUGUGAUCCUGAAGAACAAAAAGGCUCAAUUUGUCUUGACGCACAAACUGCUGCUGCUGCAGUACAAGCACCAGACGCCAGUUCUAAGGAGCCUGCUGGGAUAUUUGGCGCAGGAUAGCCUCCGUCGGCCUUUUUUGAUUCAGGCCAUGAAGGAUCUGUGCAGCACGUGGUCCAGUAGCAGCGUCGUGAGGCAUACGCCUUUCGAGCAGCAGCUUUAUAUCAGCAAAGCCCUGCUCAUCUCCUUGGGUUCCCUGACUGAGGCAGAGCUCAAAGAACUUCGACAUGAGUUGCUGCAGUGCAUGUUGGCAGGAGUUCAGUGCCACUUAGACAGCAACCUUGUACAAGUGCGACGCCUGGGCAUGGUUGUAGCCGAGUGCCUGAGCUCUAAGUUGGACCCACAGGGCACACAACUGAAGUUUGAGUAUGAGAAAGAUGCCGACAGUGAGGAGCUCGUGUCCCUUCUAAGACCAUCUUCAGCUAGUGCUCCACCACCACCUAGCAGCUCCGAGGCUGCUGGAGCCAUAGAGGGCGAGCCCAGGAUGGCAGAUAGUCAGCCAGUCGCAUCCCAGAGCUCGGAUUCAGAUCUUGACAGUGAUGAUGACUUGGUGCCCUUUGACAUGUCCAAGGAUGAAGAGCUGGUGACCUCCCCUGCCCCCCGAUACCUCAGAGACUGUGUUGAAGCUCUCACUUCAUCCGAAGAUCCAAAGCGAGUAGAAGCUGCCCUGCACGCCGUCGAAGGACUGGUACGAAAACACCCGAUGACCACCCGUGAGGUCAGUGUGGAACUGAUGAAGGUCCUGCUGCAUUUGGAAGACCAGUUCAACUCAGACGGAUUCUCCUUCUGGAGACAGAGAGGGAUGGUCGCCCUCACUGUCGUUGAUGCCAUCCCAGUGACGGCGUACGUGACGGCCGAGUUCUACGCCCUGAACUACAGUCUGCGGCAGCGUCUUGACAUGCUUGAGGUGUUGGCUUUGUCUGCCCAGGAGCUCUCCGAGCCAACUGCCGCAUCUGACAAACGGCCAACAGAGUCGGCAGUCACAGAGAGUAAGAUGACCGGUGGUCCACAGGACGGCCCCCAACAUUGGAAAUGGAUUGUGGAGCAGAGGAUCGCUAACAAGACCAAGCGUUUCAGUAAGGGCGCCGACAGGACCAACAGAGCUGCUGCUGCUGCCCCAAACCGUUUUGCACCUCUUGCUGGUUACUUUUUCUUCCCUCUCCUGCGGAAUUACGACAGGCCGCAGGUGACCUUUGACCUGUUAGGAAGUGACCACCUGGUGCUGGGUCGCCUCGUCCACACGCUGGGCAUCCUCAUGUACUUGGCAGUCCAUGCGCCGGUCGCUGCGCAGAUGGGCAGAGCGCUGCUCGACUUUAUCUGGACCGUUCGCCACCAUGCAGAUGCAGUGGUCAGGCAAGGGGUCCACUUUGCAGCGUGCGCGGUCCUGCUAAGCGUGCCCACCGACUGCCUGUUGUCAGAACUCGGUGAGGAGCUGCUGGAGGCGAGAGCCUGGCUGAAAGGUGCCGCCGAGGUGGACCCUGAUGCCACGUGCCGCAGCCUCGCCCUUCAGGCCCUGGUCCUGCUGGAGCAGCGCCUCACCAAGGGCCUCCAGCCACCUGAGCCACCAGCGCAGGCCCUCUGAAGAGCUGCCAGGCAGGAUGUCACAUCCGGAACACUCCGUCCAGGCAUCCGCCCAAUGUGCUCCUCGGAUGAAAUAUUUAUAGACUUGGCAGCGCCAGCGUCUUGCCAAAAAUACCUGAGGAAUUUCACAGGGAAAGGGCGCAUUCCAGGAGUCCGCUGGGUACCUCGGCACUGGCCUGGCAUGGCAUUGAGACAUUUUGGGGAGCCGGCCAAAGAGGAAAGACGUGGCCAGAGUGUGUGCUUUGAUUGGUUUUUAAUAUAAAAAUGUGACCCUUUUGGGGUUUCUGAAAAAUUACAGUUCAAAAGGAACACGAAAAUAAAUAUUUAU